CAGAUGACUUCAGCACAAUAAGGUUUCACCCACCAAAGACAACAUGGGUGAUGAAGUGAAAAGAAAGCCUGCUAAAGAGCAAAAGAAAUCCCCAAAAAACCCUCCUACAAAAGAAACUACUGAAGAAGGCUAUUAUGACAUCUUGCUGCUAGGUAGAGCUGGAAGAGGCAAAAGCUCCACUGCUGACAAACUGAUGGUUCCAGUAGAUCUACAAAUUGAAAAAGGAGAUGCUACACAGGCAAGCACUGGGCCUGAGAAAGAUAAGCAGCCCAUAAAUCCAGCACCAAAUUUCGACAAACGAAAAAUUGAAGGUGCUAGCGCUAGCAAUCACGGAAGGCUUACAGAGGCUACCGAUGAUGGUAGUGACGAUCAUCGAGUCAAAAUCCAAUACGAGAGCCUUACAGGUUGGGUAUCAUCUGAUGAUGUGGAAGAGCACAAUAAAACUGAUACUAGACUCAAGAAUAUCGUAUUCUGCAGAGCUAUUACCGAUCAACCAUAUCAUGAACAGAUUGACAAACUUAGAAAAGAUAAAGACCUUGCUAAAGUCUAUGAAAGUACAAAAAACAGCAUGUUAAUGACAAACGAUGCCACAAUGAUUCAAGUUUUGGAUACCCCAGGAUUCUACAGUCCCAAUCGCCAAGGUGGAGCAACAAAUGAAGUGGACAGCAAUUUAGCGAUUGUUCGGAGGAUUGUUCAAAUUCAAACACUUGCUGGCUUACGAAUUCGCCGAGUUCUCUAUUUUCUCCCGGACUGUGGUCCAUUGACGAGGAGCGAUCGAGUACUUCAAGGUGAGAUAUCUUGUAUGGUAAAAUACUUCGACAAAUCUAUCUUCUCGAGAAUGGUGCUUGUAGGAACUGUCUCAGUCAAUUUUAGCAAAAUGGAAAUGGAAGAUGAAAAGAAAUUCUCAAAAGAUGAUUUAGAUGAAAGCCGAGAGCUUUUCUACACGACACUGGAACGAGAAUUCAAAGAACGAAAAGAAGACUACACCAAUCUUCCAAAGCCUCCGAUUAUCUUCAUUGCAAUGACAGAUACCUGUGAAGAAAUUUUUGUGAAAAUUGCAACAGCACCAGUGCAAAACAAUGACAGCCUCACCGUACAGUUUCGAAGCAACCAAUGCUGCCGAUGCCCUGCAGAGAUUAAAAGCGACAAAGAUGGCAAGGAAUUUGCAUGUACACGGCGCAUUAGUUCAGGUGGUGAUAUUACGGUACCCUACAAAGAGUCUACGUGCCAUCCAGCAAUGCUACCUAUGUAUACAGCUCGGUCAGUUCUAACAGGCAUCGCUAAGAUCAUGCUGUUCAAGUGGCACUUCACUGAAGAGAGAUGCUUCAAUUCAGAAUGCAAGUUGCGCAUAGGGUCUAUCGGAUGCAAAAAAAUCGGGACAAUGCACAAAGAGGAUGGGUACGAGCCCAUUCGUGUCGAGCACUCGGACAAUGUGAAUGACAAGGUAGUCAAAAAGAAGGCUAAAACUACCAUUCAAUGAACAUAAUGGUGUGUUAGUUUAUUUUGCAAUAUAAUAAUGCUGUUGUCAUAAUUGUGUGCACUAAUUAUGUAUCUAUAAAUUAUAACCACAGUCUUUCUCCAUUAUUGAUGCAUUUGAGCACAGACUAUA